UGUUCUACAGCUGUGCAGCCUUUGAGGAGUCUUUUCCUCUUCUUUAUACCCUAUGGCUACAUACUUGAAAGAUGUCUGUCUCGUGUAGCCUUAGCAAUAAAACACUUCCUCCUUGAAAUAACCAACAUUCACCCAGCUCAGCACAUCCUAGAUGUCCUGCUGCAGGUAUGUGCAAUGUGCAGGGCUCUGGCAGGGUCUUGUUUUCCAGGUUUGACCCUUCUCUGAGCACAGCAAAAGCUCUGAGGGCUGAAUGAGGAGGAUACCUUCUCCAUCUCUCCUGCAUUACCUCCAUGAGUUUGACGUUGGCUGAUUGCCUGCCAGAUACUCACUAAGCUGCUCUCACUUUCCUUUUUCCACAGGAUGGGGGAGAAAGUAGAAUGGGAAAGCUGGGUUGAGAGAAGGACUAGCCAGAUAAAGUUGGGGACAAUAACUUCUAUUGCCAAUGAAAAAUUGAGUAGGGGGAUAAGGAACAAAAGCACAACUAAAAUGAAUUUUCUCUUCCUUCUCAAGUUCACUUUCGUUACAGACUAUUCAGCUCCUCCUCACCAGCUGUGCAGAAGGAUGGGGAGUGGGUUUUGUGGUCAGUCUAUAACAUUCAAUCUUGCUGCUUCUUACUCCUUACAGUAUUCCUCUGCUUUAACCUGGGUCCUUUUCUACAGUUGUGCAGUACUUCUGAAACAGAUUGCUCCAGCUGCCAGGAAACCUGCUCCUGUGUGUGCUCUUAAGCACAGGCUUCAGCUCCUGAAAGGAGCCUGUUCUGGUGUGGAAUUUCCGUGGGCUUUAGUUUCCAUCAAGGCAUCGCUACCUGCUCCGGAGUGGGGCUUUUCCACAGGCUACAGGAAAACAAAAAACGGAUCUGAGAGUAUUACCUCCAGCACUGUUUUGAUCUCCUUGCUUCAGUCUCUGGCUAUUAUUGGUGCAGUCAAGUUAUACCAUCCUAUUGAAGUCGAUCACCUUUCUGCUAAUGCAGCACAAGUUUCCUCCAGGAAAUAUGAUUCAACCAGUUCUCGGCCACUAGUAAAUUCUAAUUAA